AACAUUUUAUACAUAAAUUAUCAUUAAUGAGAGUAUCAUGUUAAAAAAAAAAGUAAUUAAUUAGAUGCAAUUAUUUCAGGUCAACUGUCAAGAGGUCAUUAUAAUAAUAAUUACAACACACACAAUCAGUCAUACGUAAAUUGCUGCGGGUUUCGAAUAAUUACACUUUGUAAUUUAAUGUCCCCUACCAAAAAUUAUAAAAUCCAUCUAAUCCAUCACAUAAAUUGUCCUAAUAAAUUAAGAAGCUAAUUCACUGAAAAUAAAUAAUUUAAAAUAUUCAUUUUAUCCAUUAUCUGUACAAGCAAAUCUUUAAAAAAGUAAAAUGAUUAUUCGUAAUGAAACAAAUUAUAACACGUUCUCUGCAAUUUUGAUUAGGAUCAAAUAACACAUUUAAAAACGGUAACAAAAGUAGUAAAAGCUUUAAUUCAGUUUCAUUUAUUCCUUUAUUUUUAUUCAAACUUAAAAAAAGAAAAUAAGAAAAAAACAGUACAGAGAAAGAAACAAACCAUAAGACGAAAGACGAAUGUCUAUAAGGCGCAAGUCUAAACCUGAACCUCCUCCACCUGGAUGAGGUCUUGGGCGUCGUUGAAGUCACGCAAGAGCCAGCAGAAGGUUCGCGGUACCCCUGCACGAUCAGACCUACGGCGACGUUUAAAUCAGUCAGCACGAUGUAUUGCUCCACGUUGGUUGUAAUUGUGUUCCUACAGGAAUUACUCUUUCUCACCGGAAUCACCCUGACUAAUUCACAAAGAACCAAUGCACGGCAAGCUACAAAUAAGAUACCGCCAACGGUUGCUGUUCCUGGUCAGGGGACUCUAAUCGGCAAGGAGAUUCUUCUAGCACGUCCGCAAAAGGUGACAGCUUUUUUGGGAAUUCCCUACGCACAGCCGCCAAUCGGUCAGAGGCGAUUCGCACCCCCUGUGACGGACCCCAUUGUCUCGUGGAGCGGUCCGCGUAAUGCGACACAAUUUGCGCCGUCUUGUCAUCAAGAUCUUAAGCUGAUAAAGCAUCACGAGAUGCUGUACAGAAAGUUGCUACCUUCUGAUUGGGAAGACCCGGGUUACAGCGAAGAUUGUCUUUUCUUGAAUCUUUACAUUCCUGAUGAUCCACCACCGACGGAGGGUUGGCCAGUAAUGGUGUGGUUCCACGGUGGUGACUUUAACACCGGCACCCCAGCAAUAUGGGACGCAACAGUUUUUGUCAACAAACAAAAGAUUCUGGUGGUGACGGUGGCGUACCGUCUAAAUAUCUUCGGGUUUUUCACAACAACAACAGCCGAGGCACCAGGAAAUUACGGUAUGCUGGAUCAAGUUGCCGCAUUGGACUGGGUUCAGCAAAACAUCCAGCACUUUAAUGGCUCACACGAUAAUGUUGUGAUAGCCGGGCACAAUGCCGGCGCAAUAAGUGUAGGCUUACAUAUCGUGAGUCCGCUAAGUAAAGGUAAAUUUGCCAAAGCGAUAACGAUGAGCGGUGACCCAAUAAGUACCGUAAGAACACCAGAGCUGGAAGCGCCGAUAGCUGACCAAGUUGGUGAACGUUUUGCGUGUUUCAUACGCAACAGGACCCGAUUGAUAGAGUGCCUUCGUCGUGUGCAAGCUUCUGUGCUUCUUAGAGAGACUGCGGACAUCGAAACAUGGGGUCCAAUAAUCGACAUCACCACGACCAACUCGACAGAUCCAUUUCUGCCAAUGUCUCCGCGGGAUAUUUUAGAAACGGGCAAUUUCAACGCGGUUCCACUGAUGGCCGGGUUCACAAGCAACGAACAGUCACUUGCUUACUUGGAGAGUUUAGAGAACCCCGGAGAUGAGGGUAAGAUGACGUUCAAUAAAUUCGAUAGCUUAAUAAGAGACGAAAUACUUGCUUUGAUCAGCGGAACCGGAGACAACAGUUCAACUUGCGAAUCAAAGCCUCAAAUGGUCGCCGAUGCGGUUUUAUUUUUCUACAAGCCGUACCCGCAGACAGAAGACACCAGUGUGUACAGAGAUCGUUACUUAGCGCUGCAGACGGAUAAGAAUUACGCAGCUAGUUUGACUUUAUUGGCGUCACGUGUAUCGAGGCAAAAGGAAACAUUUGUUUAUCGGUUUGACUACAGACCAAUAACACAACUGGUAGUGCGUGAUAUCCCCGAAUGGGCAGGUGUACCUCAUAUGUUUGAAUUACCGUUUGUCUGGGGACUGCCUCACAUGUUUGGCAGCUCAAUAGUGUGGCGGAGUAGUGAUAAAAAUUUGGCUGAUGUUAUGAUGAGGAUGGUAGGUAAAUUUAUUCGUAGCGGAAACCCUACGCUCGAUAUUGUACAGUGGGACCCGUUUAAUGAACAAUCGCCUGGUAUAUUAACUAUUAAUAGGACUAUCAGUAAGAGUGAUGUCGAAGCUAUCGAUCAUAGAAUUUUGGCAUUCUGGAACGACUACUACCCCAGCUUAAUUCAAGAGACCAUGAAUUUUUGCUGCAAUGCUACUAAUGCCGCGGAGGGUACUCAUUUUGAGAAUAAAUUUUAUGGAAUUGUAAUUGGGACACUUAUUUUGCUUUAUAUUUGAUGAUUGUGCAUAUAGAUUUUAAUUAGAUGUAUAAUAAAUGGAGAUUAAUUUUUAUAAAAAUAA